UCAGUGAAUCGAGCCCAACAAUCUAAGGCAAUGCCGAUUGAUCAGUGGCCUGAGAAGCUUAGAUUGGUGGCCGGAGCCGACGAGAAAAGGGAAAAUCUAGUGACAUGUCUCAAUCAGAAGUGAAAAAGGAUCAACAGCUGGAAGACAAAGAGAUCCCAACGAAAGCUACGUUGAUGGAGGAGAUCAGACAGAGAAUGGGAGGAGUGAAGAGAACAGUGGACGUAUGCAUCUAUAAAGUUCCAAGUAAACUUCGAAAAGUGAAUGAGGAUGCCUACAAUCCACGUGUCGUCUCAAUUGGACCUUACCAUCAAGAAAACCCUGACCUUGUAGAUGCUAUGAAAGAGCAUAAAUGGCGUUACAUGACAAGCUUUCUUCAGCAAACAAAUAUUCCUCAAGAGUCUAAGGAAUGCUUGGAACGCUGUGUUGAUGCUAUUUAUGAGUUAUGUGGCGAGGCUCGUCAAUGCUACUCCGAAACUAUCAAAUACAACGAGAAUGAGCUCGCAAAAAUAAUGUUACUUGACGGUUGCUUCAUAUUGGAACUUUUCGUCAGGUGCCAUGCCAAUGUAGAAGUAAACGAAGAUGGCCAACCUGAUCCAGUACGAAAGUCUGCUUGGAUGAUCACAGCUCUUCAGCAUGACCUGGGAUUACUUGAGAACCAGAUCCCCUUCUUUAUUCUGGUUCGUUUGUAUGAGAUUGUCAAGCCUCGUGCCACGAAGAAUUACUCCGUCGCUAGCCUUGCUCUCAAGUUCUUUGACCCUUUGAGCCGAAAGCCAAGACCUGAGGAAAAGGAUCAGCUGGGCACAGACUUCAAGCAUUUACUUGAUCUCUUGCACAAAUUCUACUUCCUCACAGCUGUAUCAGUACCUAGUGUCGUGCUCAACAAUAUUACUGAGGAACAAACUAGUUCAUGCCCUUCUGAACCUGAUUAUACAUCGAGCAACAAGUGGGGAUUCAAGUAUUGCACUUCGGAACUUUUGGAGGCUGCAAUCGAGUUUCAAAUUCCGGCUUGGGACGACAACAAAUUGUUGAACAUAAAUUUCGACAAUGGAGUCCUGAGCAUUCCCCAAUUGAUCAUUACCGACGCAUCGAGUUCAGUGUUGAGGAACCUCAUUGCCUUCGAGCAGUACGGUGUUAGCAGUACAAAUGGAGUUACAUCGUACGCAUUCCUUCUGCAGAGUCUCAUAAGUAACACAUCAGAUUUCAAGCUGCUUCUGGACAAAGAGAUCAUAGCCCAUAAUCGGUUUAGCGACCCUGAAUUUUUGAGUGAAUUUGAGACUAUUGUAAAGGAUGUUGUUCCCAAGGACGACUUCUACUUUGCUAAAUUGCGGGACCAAGUGGACAAAUACAAGACGCCCUGGUACCAUUUUAACAAGCUUAAAGUAUUUUUUGUGGUGCAACUUCAAAGUGAAAUUAUGAUCGUUUGGAAGAAUCGUUUCACUGCUAAAUGGAGUUUCUUAUCAGUGCUGAGUGCGCUUGCCCUUCUCAUUCUCGCUUUCUUACAGACAUAUUAUACCAUGCACGACCCUUCCAGCUGAUCUUUACUUGUCCCAUGCUGCUUCUUUGUUUCUUGGCCUGGAGCUGGAGGUUCCCGUUGGACCAUCUAGCCAAUGAGUUUAUAUCAAGCUUUUAUUUGAGUUAAUCAGUUGGCCUCCCCUAGAAAUGAUCAGUCUAUCUAUAAUCUUUCGCAGAUUUUAUAUAUGCAUUUGCAAUU